AUGGAUCCCGGACUGUCGCUGCGCACGCAGAAGACGCUCAAGGACCUUCUCCCGGCCUUUUCGGCAAGCGCCCCACCACAACAACCCUUCGACCCUUUCUCCAUAACUAUCGAUCUUUCGCGCGCUGUCAACGAGGUCAUACAUCCAGAGCUGCUCGAGUUUUUCAAGAGCACUGUUGAAGACAAGAUUACGAGUGAGGCAUUUGCGGCUCCUGCUGCAUCCCUCAGCGGCGGCGAUCCACGAUUGCGCGAUGCACUAGCUUCAUUCUUCAAUGCCUACUUCAACCCGAUUCAUGCUGUGAAGCCAGAGCAUAUCGUGCUUACAGCAGGCGCGACCGAUGCAAUCGAGAACGUGAUCCAAGCUGUUUGCGACGAUGGAGAUAGUGUUCUCAUGCCCGGCCCGCAUUGGCCUGGAUUCGAAAUCGUACUAAAACGAAAGGCAAACGUUGACCUCAUUGCCGCCAGGCCACCAACGUACUCACGCUGGGACAACUACCUUCUCCCCUCACUCCAGGCAGCAUAUGACUUCUCAGAUAAGAAGUCACGGAUUAGAGCUGUGUUAUUGUGUAACCCGAACAAUCCGCUCUCGAGAUGCUACCCACGAGAGACCUUACUUGAACUCAUAGAGUUUUGUCAAGAGAGAGGCUUGCAUCUAAUAUGUGACGAAGUCUCCGCGCUCAUCAGCCUAAAUGGUGGCGACAAAAAAGCACCCAGUUUCGUGAGUGCCCUGUCGCUAACGGAGCCAUUCGUACCCGAGGGAGCAGUCAAGGUAGACCCAAGCCGAGUCCACGUAGUAUGGAGCGCAAGCAAACUAUUCGGCAUGAGCGGGUUCAAAGUGGGCUGCAUCAUAUCCCAACAAAACCCUUCACUCCUCAAGGCCAUGGCUCUAACAUCCACCCACCCUUCAUCCAUCUCCACACUCUACCUAAAUUCCCUCCUCACGUGGUCUCAACUCCCCACUCUACUGGCUCUGAAUUCCGAACGUCUCACGCUCUCCUACAACAUCCUCGCUUCCUUUCUCCGGCGGCACAACAUCGAUUUCGUGACGCCCACGCAUGGUCUUUUUCUGUUUGCUAGACUGGCAAAGAAGGCUGUGACAGUAGGUGACGAGAAUAGCUUCUACCAGGAGCUAGAGCUGCGAAGUGGAGUCAAGAUCGCAUCAGGCGGAGUGUUCAAUGGAGUAGAGAAGGAUGCUGGAUGGGCUCGGGUGCGGUUCUCGAUCAGCGUCGAAGAUAUGGGAAAGGCUGUGAGGAAACUGGAGGCUUUCUUUGAGAAGAGUGGAUGA